UUUUUUUCUUGGAGGGGUCUGUCGGUCGCACUACCCUGGCGAGAGCUCCUUUGAUGCGGGCGGCGGCGAAGAGAGGUCGGAAGCUCUGGAUUUCUAGGGCUGGGCAGCUGUCGGCUCAGUAUCAGACCAGAGAUAGGAAGAAGACGAAGGAGAACAGAAAAAAACAACUGCGCAGAGCCAGAGGCGGCCAAAGCAACGGAGCGUCUCCUUUUGGCCUGUAGGGAAGCAGGAGGUGGUGAUUCGGACAACGUACCUUUUUGCGAUGUGCUGAUGGAGGAGAGAAGAGUCGCAGUUCGGAGGAGGGGGAAAAGCGCUGAAAGUAUGGCGGCAGGUGGGAUGCUUUUUUUUGCUUGCCCUGGACUGGAGUGUGCAAGAGGGAAGUUUAUGGAAGGACCUAGGCCUGGUCUUUCAGGUGAUGGUCUGGUGGAAGCUGCGGGCAAGCUUGCUCUUGCUAGCGGCAGGUGUCGACGUGGUUGUGACGCUGCGAUUUUGUGUGCCCCUCCACUUGCUGCCUGCCAGUUUUUCUGCGGCACUGGUUAUGCAAUUUUAUCGAUUUUUUAAUUUAUUUGC